UCUGUAUGACUUGUCUCAAACCAAGAUUCUAGGUCCAUGCUCUCUCCCCCUUCCUCCUCUCUGGAAGGCUCCUGGGGUGGGUGGGGGUCUCCACCAUUCCCCCUUUGGCACUACCCACCAUUGGCACACGGCCCCUGGACGGUUUUGCAGAAGGCAAUGUGGGUGGCACAUAGGUUGGGAAACGCUCCGUAUCUUGCGCUGGGUCCUGUCACAUUGCAAGGCAGUUGUUGGGUUACUUCAGAGAGAGAGAGAGAGAUUUCCUGAAAAGUAGGUCUCAACCCUUCUGCACGUACUGUAGGUGUGACGUCUCUCAAGAUUUGAGGAAAGCAUCAUGAAGACUGUGAGGCUCAGCCUUUUCCUCCUCUUCCUCCUUCAGGUGGUCGCAGAUGCCACAGCGAGCUGCCCUUGCGCGGCCAAGCAUGUCGGCCCUGGCGCCAUGGUGUGCGUCUGCAACGCAACUUACUGCGACAUGAUGGGCCCCCUCUCCCUCCCGCCCGAGGGCACCUUCGUCAAGUACCUGAGCAGCAAGACUGGCAAGCGCCUGGAGCGAGGGGAAGGGAAGCUUUUGGCAAACAGGAGCUGCUCAGGGCUCCUGUAUUCCUACAAUCCCUGUGUUCACUACCAGUGCAUUAAAGGUUUUGGUGGCUCUCACACAGACUCGGCCGCGAUUAAUAUCAUGCAGUUGUCUCCACCAUCCCAAGAGCACCUGCUGCGGUCCUACUUCUCCGAAGACGGCAUCGAGUACAACCUUUUGCGCUUGCCCAUUGGCUGUUCGGACUUCUCCACUCACCCGUACUCUUACGACGACGACUGCCCCAACGACUUUGAGCUGAAAUGUUUCAGCCUGGCGCAGGAGGACACCAAGUUCAGAAUCCCUCUCCUUCAACGCAUGCUGGCCUUAUCUAAGGCACCCCUCUCCCUUGUUGCCAGUCCGUGGACUAGCCCUGGCUGGAUGAGGCUCAACGGCAACGUGGAAGGCAAAUCGAGGCUGAAGGGCAAAGCCGGAGACAUGUACCACAAAACGUGGGCCCGCUACUUCGUCAGGUUCCUGGAUGAAUAUGCCAGACACAACAUCACCUUCUGGGCAGUGACACCUCAGAACGAGCCCUUCAGUGCUCUCCUCAUGCCCAGUGGCGACUUCCCCGUCAACCGCUAUAAUGCCGAAGAGGAGCGAGACUUCAUCGUCCUAGACCUGGGCCCUGAGCUGGCCGCCAGCUCCCACAAAGAUGUCCUGCUCAUCAUGCUUGAUGACCAGAGGGCCGACAUCCUCAACUGGGCCAAAGUGAUCCUUGGAAACAGCAGUUCCGCCAGGUACGUGGCAGGCAUCGGAAUCCACUGGUACUUCGAUCCCAUAACCCUUCCGAGCCUGACUCUGGAGGCCACACACUCCCUCUUCCCCAAUUACUUCCUGCUCUACACAGAAUCUUGUAACGGUUAUGGGCCGACUGACGUGGAUGUCGACCUCGGGAGCUGGGACCGGGGCGUCAAAUAUAGCCAGAGUAUCUUGGAGAACAUCAGCAAGCAUAUUGUGGGUUGGAUCGACUGGAACCUGGCCCUGGAUAUGCGCGGGGGACCCAACUUCAUUAAAAACUUUGUGGACAGCCCGAUCAUCGUGAAUGCUGCAAAAGACGAAUUCUACAAGCAGCCCAUGUUCUACCACUUAGCUCAUUUCAGCAAGUUCAUCCCGGAAGGCUCCGUCCGAGUCUUGCUGGCUUGCAACAGCCUCCUGGGCAAUUGCCAACUACAGACCGAGGGCUUCUUACGCCCGGAUGGCGUGGCAGUGGUGGUUGUGCUUAAUAAGUGUUUCCGGAGUGUGCCUUUCAGCAUCUCAGAUGAUCAGCUUGGCUACAUUGAGGAUGUUGCUCCGUCCAACUCCAUCCAGACUUACCUGUGGAAGACUUCCGGUGCCUGCCUCAGAGGAAAGGGGCAAAGGAAAUGCCUUCUCCCCACAAGGUGACCCGGAAGCAGCCUCAAUCUUCCCCCUGCCUCACCCUGCAAACCUAAAGAUCAUGGAUAGAGCCUGAUUGCUGUCAGGCUUUGGGGAAUUUGAUCCCUCGCCCAGUGGCAGUAAAUAAGCAGAUCAAAUGAAAGGAGCAUCCUUACCAGUUAGUUCUUUAAUAAUCACAGCGAGAGACAAAGGAAUGCAUAUCUCUCUAGAAAUGGUGGUGCUCCCAGUAAAGGUUUCCCCUCCCCCAUCCCCAUUAAUCUGCGUCACUCCUACGUCAGGUAACCCGAGCUUGUUGCUGCUGCGCUCUCCAUUCUAUCACUCUCCAGGGAGAGAGGGGAAAACAGGGAAAGUGAACAACUGGCUUCGCAAAUGGUGCAAACAGGAACGGUUUGGAUUCUUAGAUCACGGUCUGCAGUUUCUUGAAGACGGACUUCUGGCAAGUGAUGGGCUGCACCUCACAAAGUUUGGGAGGAAUGUUUUUGCCACAAAACUCAAAAACCUCAUCAGGAGGGCUUUAAACUGACUUAUGUGGGGGAGGGAGACAGUGGUCCGGAAGGUAGGAAUUUGCUGCCAAGAAGUGUGGUGGAGUCUCCUUCUUUGGAGGUCUUUAAGCAGAGGCUUGACAGCCAUAUCUCAAGAAUGCUUUGAUGGUGUUUCCU